UUAUCUUUGUCUCAUUUUUGUACAGCACAGGAACCUGACAUUUUACCAAGGGUGUGUAAACUUUUUCUAUCCACUGUACAUACAUACAAAAGAGGGUGCAGGGCCCAUUAUUUGGAUUAUUUCAUGUUAGUUGGCCCUUAGCUACUCAACCAUUUGCAUUCUCUCUCAGCUAAUGCAGGUGUCAGGGUGGGCCCAUGGCACAGGAUAAGUCAGUACAACCCACUCCCAUGUAAACAUGUAGGAAUAGAGAUAGCGUUCCAAACUAGGUGUGUGUAGGUUAACAGAGGGAAAAACUGUAAAGCUAAUGGGAGGUUAAAUAAAAAAAAAAGACUAACCUUAAGGAAGUUCAGCACUAGGUUUUGUAACUUUACCAAGAUGUGAUAGAGGAGACUUUUUAUCACUGGUUUGAGAAACUGUAGGCUGGGGGGGUUGCUCCACACCAUGGAAUUAGCCUUAAUUACCCAGUGUUGAAGGAUCUCAGAGUAUGGGAGUUUUUUUUUUAGAGCUCACUCUCUAACCAGAAAUCACACCUGUUCACAGACGAAGCUGGAACAAAUAGGUUUUGGGCCCAUUUUAAUGAUCAGUGGUGUUUUAAAACAUAGCACAAAAACUAGCAUUGAGCUUUUCCUAGUAAUAGUGAUGGUAGAGAUUUGGGUCAAAGAGCUUGAUCACAGGAGGUAGCAUUUAUUGUCAGAAAAGUGUCAGCAACAAAUUGUCAGCCAGCUUCUAGCUGGAUAUAUUGUUGUUAAUGCAAAUAGUCCUCGGGUGCUUCAAGACAGUAUUUACUUUAGAGUGAAACUUGCCCCAGAGGUUAAUUAAAAAAAAAUGCUGUGGCAGAGUCACUAUUUAGGAGGGACAUGAUGUUUCAAAGUGGGCCCAGCAGCUAAUAAGUAGAGCAAAAUUUGGUCUACCCUCCGUUUGGCAAAUUAUCUCUUCCAGGUAAAGGAUCUCAUUAAGGAUUCAUUGAUCCCUAACACCUGGACCAGGUACAGUAUAUAAGCAGCUGGGAAGCUUGACUGUCCUUCACACAGGAACUGGGCAGUGGUGGUAAGAAUGACAGUAGUUCUUUGCUGCACUAUAUAUAGUCUUUUUAAAAGGAAAAGAUAUGUCCGGGGCAUCUGUCACUGCACCUAUGGCAGGCAGACACUUUUUUCCUCAAAAAUGCUUGUGGUUAAACCUACUAGAGAUGUCAGAGUUCCUGCCAGAUUAAGGGGAUGGGCCGGGCAGCUAGAUGCAACAAGAGAGGUCAGGAAACCCUUAACGAAAGACAGGCUGGCAAAUUUAGUUAUAGUUUUACAACGGGUUCGUAGCGACACUUUUAGGUAACAACUCUUUAAAGCUGCUUUUUGCAUAGCGUAUUCAGGGCACUACGCAUAAGUGAGCUAUUGGCAUACUGCAAAAAUGCAUUAUCGACUGGAACACGGUUGGCCAAGAGAAAUUGCCACUGUCUGGGGUAUUAUGUUUCAUAGGGAAAAAACUGAUGAGUUGAGUAAAGGGUUUUGCUUUAGUUUAAAAGCUACUGGCGACAUUUCCCUUUCAAUCUUAUUUAAUUAUUAUUUAACCUCAUUAUUUAACGACCAGGCCAAUGGGGCAUCUGAGUCGCAGAUAAAAGGGUCAGGACAUUAUAUUCCAUUCUUUUAUAUUGUCUUAAGAAAAAGGAAUUCUGACAAGUAACCAAAGAGAGCACACGAAGGGAAAGGAACCAGUCAGUUAGUAGGAUAAUUUGUUCUACUUGGGGUUUCUCCUUAAAAAAAAAAAGAUAUCAUGAGAGUUAAGUCCCUGAUUUUGGGGCUCAGAGAUGGAGUUUGGCAAACUCCUCUCUGUUGGUGGCAUCAAUGUGGGCCCCAUAUGGUGGUUGGCAGGCCCUGGAACUGUGGGGGCAACUGCUGGGAAUCAACCUGGCACAGAUUUUGCUUUCUGGCCUUUGGGAUAAAGCAAGCAAAGCUCAUUUUAACGGAGGGGCAACAACUGAGGUGCUCACUGGUUCUGCUUCCAGGUCUACAGGAGAGGCCCAAGUGUGUUUUCGGAGGGGCAACUACUGAGGGGCUCACUGGCACUGGUUUUGGUUCCAGGCAGGAAUCCCUACAGGAGAAGCCCAUAUAUGUCUACUAUGACAAUUGGUGGUGGGCCUGCCCAUUUGCAACAGUGCAAAGUGUGUUCUCCCUUAAAUGGGAAUGAUUUGGGGCCCACAUUUUAUUCGGUGAAUCUAUUUUAAUAAACAUGACCUCUCCCUUUUUUCCAAAAACGAAUUAUGUUGUCUGAGUGGUUAUUAUGAUUACUGUCUUAUGAAGUUGGUUGUUGGGGGUUUUUGCUUUAGUGAUAGGAGACCAAUUACACUCUACAGACCUUACAAAGGAAAACAAGAAACCAAGGGGUUUUAGAUAGAAUUAAAAAAAACUCAAAAAGAGCAAUUAUAUUAUUGUACUUUUGCAUCACAAAAACAGUUUGUUUAGCAAAUUGUAGCUAUUGUGGUACACAGUACAAUGACAAGCUAUUACAGAAAGUAAGGAAAGUAUUGAUGGUUUAUUGUAUAUUAUAUUACUUUUUUAUUAUUACUAUUUGGAAAACUAUUGGUGACUUCUUGGUAAACAAAGCCACAUGUAAAAGUUUAACAAACCUAAGUUGCUGGAGGUGUCACAAUGCGGUUUCCAUGGUGCAAGUGCAUGACAUCACAAAGGGAGCUGCCAGCAUCAUCAUGCUCUAACUGUAAACAUCUUCAGUUCCUGACGAGUGACGCAGCGAUCAGCAGCGAUCAUGAGUGAAGGGAGCAAUCCUACUCUUUAUAUUAUUUUAGACAAUCCUGAUAUUUCUUAUUUUUAUCUUGAAGAAGAAAAUGACAUAAGUUCCCCUCCAACUGAGCAGCCUACAUACAGUGGUCUUUCUAUUGUUGAUCCAAUUUGGGAAACUAUUGACCCAAAUCCAAACCUCCAGACCCUGUAUAAUGACUUCAAUGAGCGCAUAUUUUCUGGUAUGUUGCCUGAGAUUGAAGUCAAAUGGAGCAACAGAAUGACUCGAGCGACUGGAGCUUGCUAUCCAUUUUUCGAUGAGGAAGGGAAUUGCGUACAAUGCAGAAUAUACCUGAGCAAGCCUAUACUUGAGUUGCGGCCUAGAAGGGAUACAGUGGAAACUCUCCUUCAUGAGAUGAUUCACGCCUUCCAGUGCUUCCGAAAAACAAAAGAUGAAGGUGAUGAUCAUGGGCCAAAUUUCCAGAAUUUUGUGGAAAUCCUUAAUGAUUCUCUUGGCACAAAUAUAACAACCACCCACUGCUUUUAUGAGGAAGUUGAGGCAUUAAAGAGGCAUUGGUGGGAAUGUGAUGGCCCCUGCCAAAAAGUGGUAAAAAGAGCAAGAAACUUGGCACCCUCCUCCAGGGAACGUUGGUUCCGAGAGCAUGAGCAGACAUGUGGAGGCAAUUUCAUAAAGACCUCUGAGCCUGAGACUCCUGUGCGAAAGGAAAGAAAUUCCAAAAAGGCCACUGAGCCUGAGGUUCCUGCGCGAAAGAAAAGAAAUUUCAAAAAGGCCACUGAGCCUGAGGCUCCUGCACGAAAGAAAAGAAAAACCUAGACUGUAAAAUCCCUCACUAUGGGAAUGCUAAGCCAAGGCCAUACAGCAUAUCCAAUAGGUGGUUUGGAGAAAACAUUUAGACCCCAUAGAGAGCUGGAAUAAGAUGUUUCAUGUGGGCAAAGUCAGCCAUUCAGAGACGGCAGAGGAAAUUUAACAGCCGAAUUGGCAAAGGAUCAUAUAAUGCCAGCUUGCCCAGCAUUCAUCAGCUUUGACUAUUGUAUAAAAGCCAGAAGAGCUUUAUAAUGAGGCAUUGUGGAAAUUAAAGGUACGAAGCACCCGGUAGUGCAUGAAGCAAAUUUAUAAAAUGGACCGAGGAUGGAUGGGUAUGUAAUUGCAUAUUAUAUGUACAUUUUUAACUA